GGGCUCUGGUCUACCCGCAUCAUGGUGACAAGAAAAGAAAAGUGAAAAUGUAUUUGUAGCGACUACAAUAAUGCGAAACCCAAAAUGCGAUGCUAUCUUCACGCAUUUCUCCUGUGCGUGGUCGUCACUUUUCUGUCGUUGUUGUAUGUGUUCAGUCAGCUAGCCCCCACCUUGGAGGACCGAGACGAGUGGGGGGAGAUCGAUGGCGGGACAGCGGGCAGGGCCAGUCACCACUCCGGCCACGUUCUCAGGAAAACACCGGGACUGGCAGGCCUCGGGGACCGGGGAGAAGGACCGGAGAGGUGUAAAUCACUGUCAGUGAAACCGUAUUGGAGACUGCCUGCUGAUGUUUGUGGAGAGAACUGCUUGUUGGAAUCGUCUUGUAGUGAGAGAUCAGGCUCUGUUGCCAAGGAUCAUCAUGGUGAGGGGAGUCACCUGGCUGUUGUGGCCUGCGGCCCCAGGCUGGAGGAGACUCUGAUCAUGUUGAAGUCUGCAUUACUCUUCAGCAAAAAGCUACUGCACUUCUACAUCUUUGCUGAGGAUGAGCUACAUGACAGCUUCAGGGAUGAACUGGAAUUGUGGCCAAGGACAUUUCAAGGAGAAUUCACCUUCACCAUCUAUCCAAUCACCUUUCCCAAGGAGAAUGCAAACGAGUGGAAGAAGCUCUUCAAGCCUUGUGCCUCUCAGAGGCUCUUCCUCCCACUAAUUCUAAAGGAAGUGGACUCCUUGCUUUAUGUGGACACAGACAUUCUUUUUUUGCAGCCAGUAGAAAACAUCUACGCCCUGCUUUCUCAUUUCAAUACAAAGCACUUGGCUGCCAUGGCCCCAGAGCACGAGGAGCCUCGGAUUGGAUGGUACAACCGUUUUGCACGCCACCCUUACUAUGGCAAGACGGGCAUUAACUCAGGGGUCAUGCUCAUGAACAUGACAAGGAUCAGGGAAAAGUUCUUCCAGAACAGUAUGGCAGCUUUUCCACUGAAGUGGGAGGAAAUGUUGAUGCCUCUUCUCCAAAAGUACAAACUCAAUAUUACCUGGGGAGACCAGGACCUUCUUAAUAUCAUAUUUUAUCAUAACCCAGAGAGCCUGUAUGUGUUCCCCUGCCAGUGGAACUACCGUCCAGACCACUGUAUCUAUGGCAGCAACUGUCAACAGGCGGAACAAGAAGGUGUCUUUAUUCUCCAUGGUAACAGAGGAGUUUAUCACAAUGACAAGCAGCCGGCUUUUCGAGCUGUUUAUGAAGCCAUCAAAAAGUACCGUUUUGGUGAGAACAUGGAGACGUCACUGCUUCAGCCGCUGGAAGCAUCACUGCAGACGACCACGAGUACUUACUGCGGCAGAGUGAGUCACCUGUUUACCAAGAGGUUGAAACAGAGCAUCAGUUCUGUGCUACAAGAGAAGAGGAUGGAGAACACCAGCAAUUAAGACUCUGCCAUUAGUGCCUAAUAUGGGGCGUGAAUAUCAGGCAUAUGAACAGGGGCGGCUGUGGAUG